UCCUCGUUCACUCUAUCCGAACUCCUCCUGCUUGUGUCCAAGUCCAUCCGUCCAACCUUUCUCCUCAAUUCUCGCGACUUCGACCUACACGCACAACUCACGGCCCCACCUCCAAAACGGGCUGUCGAUCGUCCCCUUGUUCGGCAUCUUCGGACUUGCCCCUCCCGGUACACCUCGCCAUCGCGACCGUAACCCCCUAUCGACCCCGAUACCAUCCUCUCCACCCCGGUCAACAUGGCAGGCAUCGUAGCCAUCGUUGCCGCCGCCUCCGCCAUGGCAACAGCGACAGCAACAGCAACAGCAACAGCAUCAUCCACACCAUCAGCAACCGCCUCCGCCGCCCCCGCGAGCAUGAAACCCCCGAGCGGCGGCGACUGCGAACUCCUCGGCUCCUUCGCCCUCGUCGUGCAAGCCGGCCUGGGCGGCCUGGCCCUCCUGUCGCUGGUAUACAAGAGGUGGAGGGAGCGCCCGCAGCGGCCCCUCAAGAUCUGGUUCUUCGACGUGUCCAAGCAGGUGUUCGGCUCCGUCCUCGUCCACGUCGCGAAUAUCUUCAUGUCCAUGUUGACCUCGGGCCGGUUUUCUGUGCAGAUGGAGCCCGUCGUUGUGGGUGGGUCGGCUACUGCUGCUACUGCUACUGCUGCUGCCGCCGCCGCUCUUGCCAGGAGGUGGUUGACAGGUCGGGAUGACGGCGGCGGGGAUGAUGAGUAUAAGCCUAACCCGUGCUCGUUCUACCUUCUCAACCUCGGCAUCGAUACAACCCUCGGCAUUCCCAUCCUCAUCGGCCUCCUCAAGCUCUUCACCAUGCUCGCCGCCUACACCCCGCUCGGCAAACCCCGCGAAUCCAUCCAGUCAGGCUACUACGGCAACCCGCCCAAUGCGUGGUGGUGGCUCAAGCAAUCCCUCAUCUACUUCGUCGGCCUCUUCUGCAUGAAAGUCGUCGUGCUCCUCAUGUUCCUCGUCUUCCCCGGGCUCUCCCACAUCGGCGACUGGGCCCUCCGCUGGACCGAAGGCAACGAGCAGCUCCAGAUCGUCUUCGUCAUGAUGCUGUUCCCCCUCAUCAUGAACGCCCUCCAGUACUACAUCAUCGACUCCUUCAUCAAGGAGAAGGCAUCCCCGCACGCCCACCACGAGCGUCUCCCCGAUGAGGACCCGGAUUGGCCUUCUUCUUCUGCUGCUGCUGCUGCCCGGAACGAAGCCGUCGACUCGGGCCUAUACGACGACGAGACUGUCCUACUCGAAAGCGAAAGCGAAAGCGACGACGACGACGAUGUCGAUGAUGAUGCUGACAGGAGGAUCGGCGCUGCUGCUUCCCGCCGCCGUCGUUCCGAGGACGAGACGGGGUGGAAGAUGGCGCCGCAGCGGCCCCACAACAAGAACCACCGCGCCGAGGGGGGCGAGGAGUACGAUCCCGACUUGGACGGCGAUGCGCCCACUGUGGUGGGCAGUUCCAAUACGUCCAGCCAGCGGCGCGGGUCGAAGACGUCUUUGGGCCCCGUGCUCUAUCCGAAAGAGUGAUGGGAUGGGAAGCGCCGUUUUGCUGAUUGGACCUCCCUGCUUCUGACGAAAGAUAACGACGUUUCUGGUUUUCUUUACACGGGGCUG